AUGGCGACAUCUAUCGCGCAGGGACUCUUCAAAUCCCUGCCGAAACCGAAAUACACCGGCGAAGACGAAGAAUUGCCGCCACAUACCCAACCCAAAGGCCCGCGAAUCGUGGGAGCUGGUGCUCUCAACGAAUCGCAAGUUGUUCUAAAAACAGCUGGCCCACCCCCGUAUGGCAGGCGUUCAGGAUGGCGACCUCGAAACCCUGAAGACUUUGCAGAUGGCGGCGCGUUCCCCGAAAUCCCAGUGGCUCAAUAUCCCCUCGAUAUGGGGCGGAAAGGCACCUCAUCAACGUCAAAUGCCUUAGCUGUUCAAGUUGACGCGGAAGGGAAGGUUAAAUACGACGCCAUUGCAAAACAGGGCCAUGGCGAGAAUCGGAUUGUCCACGCCUCUUUCAAAGACCUAAUACCUCUCCGCCAACGCGUAGAUAUGGGCGAAAUAUCUCUAGCUCGGCCUUCACAAGAAGAGGUGGCGGAGCAAAUGGAGAAAACAAAAGCUGCGUUGGCAAAAUUGGUGACUGGGGCUGUUGCGGCGCAGAAGCCAAAAAAUGUCAAGGGCGGGAAAAGGAACGAACCCACGUUCGUGAGGUAUACACCCGCAAAUCAAAUGGGUGAUACAAGCAAGAAAAAUGAUAGGAUUAUGAAGAUUGUAGAGAGACAAGUUGACCCCAUGGAGCCCCCGAAAUUCAAGCAUAAGAAGAUUCCUCGCGGUCCGCCCUCCCCGCCACCGCCAGUCAUGCACUCACCACCCCGGAAACUUACUGCAGAAGAUCAAGAAGCAUGGAGGAUUCCCCCUCCCGUUUCAAAUUGGAAGAACCCUAGAGGCUAUACUGUUCCGCUGGAUAAACGAUUGGCGGCCGAUGGGCGUGGUUUACAGGAUGUUUCUAUCAAUGACAAAUUUGCCCAGUUUGCGGAAGCCCUGUUUACAGCUGACCGUCAUGCCCGGGAGGAAGUGAAACAGAGAGCUCAAAUGCAACAGAAGUUAGCAGAGAAGGAGAAGGCACAGAAAGAAGAGCAUCUUCGCCAACUAGCUCAAAAGGCACGCGAGGCAAGGUCGGGUGGCACAAGUCGCCAGGAAUCUCGAGCGCGAACACGUUCACGAUCUAUUAGCGGCAGCCGAAGUCCAUCACCAUAUUCAUCCCGUUCUGCCACGCCCAGUGAAGAUGAAGAUGCUGCCCGUGAACGUGAACGUCGGCGUCGGCAACAACGACAAGAAGCUGAACGUCAGCUUCGUCAAUCCCGUAUGGGUACUGAGCGUCGGAUCCAGAUGAUGGCGCGAGAACAAAACCGUGAUAUCUCCGAGAAGGUCGCACUUGGCCUUGCAAAGCCAACACAGAGUAAAGAGACGAUGUAUGACUCCCGACUUUUCAACCAGACGAGCGGAUUCGAGAGUGGAUUCAAUGAAGAUCAGCCAUAUGACAAACCCCUUUUCGCCGCACAAGAUGCCAUCAAUAGUAUUUACCGCCCUCGGGCACAAGCAGACGACUUUGAUGACGAGGAGGCGGCCGGUGCGGAGAUGAGUCGAAUAGAGCGGAAUAGCCGAUUUGAAGUCCUAGGCCGUGCUAAACAAGGCUUCAAAGGCGCGGCAGAUGCAGAGGCUCGAGAUGGACCAGUUCAAUUCGAGAAAGAUACUUCCGACCCAUUUGGCAUCGAUGGAAUGAUUGCUGAAGUUACUGGUGGAAGCACGCAGAAAAGAUACGGUAUUCAAGAAGCCGAGGGUGCCAAGGAGCGCGGAUCGAAGCGUGCCCGUAUGGACGACGACGACGACCAUGAUCGAGGGAGAUAG